AUGAAAGGCAAGCGCAAGGAUGGUACUACUUCUAGUAAGCUUGGAAUAUCAUCUACUAGAGGUGGUUCAGCACCCGCUGCAAAUCAGAAUUUCAGAAACUGGCCACGAGGCAAGACCUCCGGGAAGAAGCAACAAGCGGCACACGACAUGACGAGGUCUUCUGGCGGCAAAAAAGAUUCUCCAAAGAACGCCAAUCUACUGCAUUAUAGGAAUGUUGAUUCUGAGCAUCUUUUAGUUCCUGAACAAGAUGGCGAUGAAGAUCAUUAUUACUCGGAGUUCGCUAGUAGUAGUACAUUAUCAACAAGUGCUUGUACUAGUAGAAACCCAGCAACUUCUUCUGCAACGACAACUUCGCCUGUACGAAAAGGGGCAAGGAGUUGCCUGCGCCUGGGGUGUGUAGUGUUUAUGUUUAUACAAGAGCUCCUCCACUUUUUGCGUAAGGUGGCAGACGCGCACAUGUCUGUGUUUCGGCAGAUGCAGACUAACACAAAAGCAGGCCUUUCGGUGAGAGAGCAGUUCGCGGCAUCGGGUGAAAUGUUUCGCACUUUCAAGCGCGUGCCUGUCACGUCGCUUGCGAAGUUAUGAAAUACUUACAUUUAUACUUCCACUUACAAUCUGCCUCUGCGUUAAACGGCCUACAAUCUAAUCCAAUCGUCAUCAUAUUUUCUUCCACUUACUUGGAAUCUUCCUACGACUACUAACUUUACUUGAGUUUCCAUCCACCGAGAAUCCUACGAAGUUAUGAAAUGUUAUACAUCACGAAAACCUACGACUACCUUUCUUGAGUAGGACUAGGUCCUCCAUCUGGUCUGUUCAAUGAAUCUCGGAAAGCACCAGAAGGUCCAGAAGGUCCUCCUCUAACUACAACAGUUGAACGCGUUCCGGAAUCAGUACAGUGCCCACACGGCUACUUCUCGCCGCUUCAGAACUACAAAUUCUACGCACGAGACAAGGGAGUGAUAGUGCGUGCAUUUGCACGCAUGUUGGAGGCCGCUGAUCGGAUAAUGUGUGCUGCGGUAGAUUAAGGCUUGCACGACUAAUUCAUCUUGUUGAGAUGCAUCUUUGUUCCCUUUUUCAAGGGAACAAACUACAGACUGUGAGGAUGCCUUUCAAGCUGAAUAUAGGCAUCAAGGUCUAAGUAGACGCCCCAUACCCUUUGUGGAACCAACAGACUGGCGACGUUCUUGGUCCUGAAUGUGAGCGAACCUUUCGACGGCUGAAUGCACGACGGCGUUUGCACAAACUGGAUGGGGAGGACGAGGGCAAGAAAAAGGAAAAAGGAAAUAGAGGGCAUUAUAGUACUCCACAACAGCCAAAGAAGGGAACAACUAGAAGCAACGCGG